CUCUCUUUUUCUUGACCACUUUCACUCUCAUUCUCAUGCCAUUGCUGUGUACACAGAUGGCUCUUAAGUCUUCUGACGGCGUAGGAUUCGCAGCAGUGUUUCCGGACAGCGUCGUACAAGGGCAUUUACUAUCUUCGGCUAGUAUUUUAACUGCUGAAUUAUAUGCCAUCCUUACAGCACUUAUCCGUAUUGCAUCUAUGCCUGUGUCAUCAUUUGUGGUUGUCUCAGACUCCCUUAGUGCUUUACAGGCUAUACAAAAAUUUGAUACACCUCACCCCUUAGUCCUCUGUAUCCAACUUUGGCUACGCCGCAUCUUUACCAAGCAUAAAGAUAUUGUUUUUUGUUGGGUCCCUGGUCAUGUUGACGUACAGGGCAAUGAACAGGCAGACACUGCUGCGCGGUCAGCAGUACAUGACCUACCAGUUUCUUAUAGAGGUAUUCCAUUUACGGACUAUUUUGCUGCAAUAUCUUCCCACCUUCACACCCGUUGGCAACAACGUUGGUCUACUAUGCUCGGCAACAAACUUCAAUCUAUUAAACCGAGUAUAGGUUACUGGCCGUCUUCUUAUCACCAGUGUCGAGGUUGGGAGACUACUCUCUCCCGUCUUCGCAUUGGCCAUACUCGUCUUACUCAUGGAUAUCUCAUGGAGAGGCGUCUUGCUCCUCUCUGUGAGAAUUGCCAAGCUCCAUUAUCAGUCAGCCACAUUCUUUUGGACUGCCCACUAUCAAUGAGCACGCAGAAUUUACCUCUGUCGUCGUCUUCGCUCCGCUGCUCUCUCUUUACCUUCCCUUCUCGCUGAUGGACCCACCUUUCAUCCGAACUCUCUCAUUGACUUUUUGACAACAACUGACUUACUUCACAAAUUCUGAUACCUUCAGCCUUUCUACUUCAAUCUCUUGCUACCCUCUACCCCCGUACUAUCCCCUGCCCCGCUGUUUUCUGUAACCUGCUGAUCAUCCCUCCUCCCUUCUGCCAUCCAAUACCCUCGCUUCCUUCCCUACCCUGCAGUGCUGUAUAGCCCUUGUGGCUUAGCGCUUCUUUUUUAUUAUAAUAAUAAUAAUCAUGUAAAAUCUAUUGACUUCAUCUUAUGGGCUAUCACUCAAGAUUGUAUUUGUCAAAUGCCUUAGUAAAGUCUGUAGACAUUGGCAUUUUAGUUUUCUUCCAUAACCUCCAUAAUUUUGCUUUAGUAGUUGUACUAAUAAUGAUCUACCAACUAAAUCCACGUUGACUUGGAUUGUGUAGGUGAUGCUUUAACAAAAUGUGUGAUUUAGUGGCUCACUACCCUUUCAGACGUGUGUUAUUGUCCAUAAUUUUUUGCUAGAGUUCUACUGCCUCAUUUUGUGCAGAAGAGUUGUCUGCAUAUUAUAAAGUCUCUGGGAUUUCACACAGAUCUAAUUCUCCAAAGAAUACAUUGUACAGUACUUAUAUAAUUCAUCACUUUGUCUAAUUUUGUGGCAUUUAUUUACUCUGGGGUGUUCCAAGUUUUCCUGUUUCUUGCUCUGAAUGUACUGUGUAUCAUUCUUUAGCAUCACCGUUUCUGUCGCACCUAUGCUGAUCUGCAGGUGUUUUUUACCUUCUCACUAGUGAUGUAAUUAGUCUAUUCCUUCUUUCCACUUCAUAUACACAGGGUGAUCCAAAAGUCUGGACACAGGUAAAAUUCCAUUUUUGUAAUAAUUAUACAGCAACUUUAAUGAAUCCUCAACAUGUCCACUAUUAGUGAUGC